UGACAUAGUUACACUACCAGGAAUAUUACACUGUAAAUAGAGCCAAAGAAUUAGAUUCUGGAUGUACUUUCUUAAAUAUUUGUAAUUGUAUCAUAUUUAGAGAAAUUUGAAUCAUUACAUAUGCACACAUGAAGAAACAACAUGGGAUGUAAAAAAACUGUAUUUGUUACAGUUGGUACAACUUCCUUUGACCAGCUAGUCGAGACAGUUAUUACUCCAGAAGUCUUGCAGAUUCUUUCAGGAAGAGGAUAUGAAAAGAUUUUAAUUCAGAUAGGAAAGGGUGACUUUCAACCUGUUCAAGAUGACACACAUGUAGAGCAAAUUAUUGAGUAUUAUAGGUACAAGGAAUCAAUUGAAAGUGACAUUCGAGAAGCUUCUUUGGUUAUAAGUCAUGCAGGAGCUGGGAGUGUGCUAGAGACCUUGAGAGCCAGAAAGCCUCUGAUUGUGGUAAUUAAUGAAAAUUUGAUGGGAAAUCACCAGAUGGAGCUAGCAUAUCAGUUAUUUCAAGAUGGACAUUUGUAUUACUGCAAAUGUGGCACUUUGAAGGAAACUUUGGCUUCAAUGGAUGAGGGCCAGUUGAUUCCAUUCUGUGGAGGAGAACCAGCAAAAUUUGCUCAAUUUAUAAACAGAGUAAUGGGUGUUAUGUGAUAAGUGUAAAAUGAUACUUCAAAAAAAGUUGAGUUUUUAAUAAAAGAAAAGUGAGAAACUGGUCCUUGACAUUGUAUCAUUAUUAAUGUGUGUGAAUUAUGGUACAUAUAAUGUUGAAUAAAAUAUAUGGUGCUCAAA